AUGUAAUAAGAAUUAUUAUUGCCUGAAGAUAUAGAAGAUAAGAGACAAUUAAUAAUAGUCUUAGAAUAAGCACCAUUAGAGAUAGCAACAAUAAGACAGUAGGUAGUUUUACUCAAUGCUGACGAACAUAAAAAUUACAUCAAUUAAACUUUGAAUAAAGAUUAUUCACUUUAUAGACCUGAUAUUUUGCACCAUUGCUUACUUAGUUUAUUAGAUUCUCCCUUAAACAAGGCUGGGAAAUUAAAAAUUUACGUUCACACAGCCUAAAAUGUUAUACUUGAUAUUAGCCCUAAAUUAAAAGUACCAAGAACUUAUCAAUCAUAUGCUGCAUUAUUUGCAUAAGCAUUGCAUAAAUUGAGAGUUAGAGCAGUAGAAAGUUCAGAAACCUUAAUUAAAGUUAUCAAAAAUCCUAUUACAGAUCAUUUACCAAGUGAAGCCCUUAAAAUAGGUACAUCUACACAAGCUAAACUAAUUGAUAUAAAAUAAUUUGUAAAAUCUCAUAAAUAAUUUUAUUAAUAGAUAAAAUAACCAAACCUCAAUCAAAAUAAACCAAUAGUUUAUGUUAUUGGAGCUGUUUCUAAAGGUAAUCCUGGAAUGGAAGCUCAAUAUAUAGAUGAAUGCAUCUGUAUUUCAUAAUAUUCUUUGAGUGCUGGAUAUUGUUUAUAAAGAAUUUCUAAUGCCUAUGAAGAACUUUGGAGUAUUAAAUGA